CGAUCUUCGGUCAACUCGACUUCAGACAUUCAACUGCGUACGCGUCGCCGCUAUGCCUCCGGGUCUCAAACCAAUUGAACCACUUCCUGAACGCUGGGAGCCCACUGCAGACCCAAAUGACAUUGUUGUUCCGGGUCUCGACACCAACGCGCCGGCCUAUGAUCAGAUCGAGCAGAUUGAGCAACUCAUAACGAUCAAGCUGCAGAACAUUGAUGCCAACUUCUCCAAGAUGCAGCAUAUAAUGGCCAACAGGAUAUUGCCCGCUGUGAAGCGGUACGCGGUCGGCACAGAACCAGUGAGGGAGGCUGCCAGGUUCUGGACCACUUUCUUUGAGCAAGCAGCCCAGAUACGCGUACCCACGUACGAUGAGUACAGCUCCGUGAAUGAGCAGGAGGAAACGGAGCCGAGCUCGGACGUUGAUCCCGCGCAAGCGGAGCAGUCCAGCAGCAGCGCAGAGGGCAUCGAGGCUACGCCCACUCGUUCCCACCACACUACCUAUACCUCAGAUGGUUCGUCAGAUGAUUCCUUCAUGCCCCAAGCGGCCUUGUCCUCCACGCCUGCCACAGCAUUCCGCCAUCGUACGACGAAAUCCCAAGAAAGCUUCGCGGAUGGACAAACAGACCCCACCCCGUCCUGGAGUGCAUCUCUGGAGUCACCUCUUCUGCGGUUGGCGGGAGAGGUGCAGAUUCUCGGUCAAGACGAGGUAUCUGCCGUGUCCGAACACACUGCGGGUAACGACGAUUCCGAGGACAUGACGCAGCGCGCGAUCCCCCUUCCACAUCUGUCAUUCGCACACGUAGACAAUCCAAGCGACUCCGCCAAGGGCAAGGGUCGCGAGAUGCCGCCUCCAUUGCUCCAAGGGGUCUUGCGUCGCAACGCAACCCUGACUGACACUACGAGCCCGAGGAAACCUGCGUACUCUCCGCUGAAACUGAAGCCAAAGACGCCUGUCGCGAAGACGCUGAACCCAUAUCUACCGCCAGGGAGCAAGCCCACCGAGUGGAAGGGCGUGGUCGAUCUUGCGGAUCCAUCGUCCGCCACUCCGCGGAAGGCUGCGACAUCGUCUUCGUCGUUGGAUCUCACUGCACGUCCGGGUUCGCAUGCCCAGUCGACCACUCCGCGGCACGCCGGUGACGACUCGCUUGACGUUGACUUUGGCAUGUCCCCGCCUGUCACCAUGGACUUUGCUCGGCUGCCCAAGCUAGGCAAGACACCGAAGAAAGAAGCCGCCCAGCGUAUCUUCCAAGGUCUCCUUGACGUUGAGAAGCGCGGAGUUUUCGCCGCACCGCCCGCUGCGGGGACCCGUGCGGGAGGAAAGACGAAUGGCGCAGAACCAAGUGGCAGCUCGAUCCCUACCCCUCCUUCGCUCUCGAGGUACCAGCCAGAUCCUCAGCCUUCUCUCACGGGCAGCAGUCUCGUCGACGCUAGCCUCGAGAGGAUGAUGCGCCAGGUGGGGAUCAUGAGCGACUCGGGGACAAACGGGUCGCAGACGUCUGCUGACCGGCCUCCAAUGCGAGAUCGGGGACAGACGAAUUCCAAAUCAUCGUCUGCGUCUACGUCUUCUUCCAUAUUCCCCAGUAGACCGCCGACCUUCACAGCAGCGCCACCUCCAGCUCCCCAGACACCUCCUCCCCCGCAAUAUGAUUUCAGACAUAUCCGAGAUGACGACCUGGAUGGAGGGAUGGAUGACGGCGGGCUGGACGACUCCCUUGACUCGAUGGACUCUGGCGAUUACGAGGGAAACAACACCGCCAAUCCCUCUGCGGCGUUUCUGUUUGCCUCUCAGGGCGGUGGCAACUGUGACGAGGACGACUCCUUCGCCUCUGACGACACGGACGACUUUGCUGAUGACGACGUUGGAGCUCCGAUCGAGGAGUAUCCGCCCGAGGGCGACAGCUUUGACGAUGACUCGUUCGACAACGAGUUUGACGGCCCACCUGAGGAAGAGACGGUGUUCGGCGUGCCACCCGCUGAGCGCCUCAGGCUGCAAACCCGAGACUCGGAUGCAAACUUGCGCAUGUAUGGCGCAGAUCUGCUGCAGGACACUCUUGGAGUCGGUAAACAAAUAUUACAAGCGGGCAGAGUGGAGGACACGCCGACGCCCUUCGUAGCACCGAAACAGACAGAAGAAUCCCCUUGAGUGUUGCCUCACCGUAUGCAGUGAAUGACAUCGUGGCGGUAUUGACUGUAUGAUGUUGCACUUCCUCUUUCAAUUCUAGAUGGCAGAGCUUUCACCUGCACCUCGAGUAUGACAGUACUCAAACAUCUCCGAUGCCCGUACGAUCAUCUCUCGAGAUUCAAGCGUUUCGAGCUUAU